GACAAUGUGACAUGGGGAUUAGACAUGGCUACCGAGCACCCAACGCUUUUUUUCAAACGCUACAUUCACCCAGAGACAUAACAUUGUGCUAUGUAUAACAUUGCCAGUAUUGUGCCAAUGAAGAUAACGUCGAUAUGCUGCGUGUCUGCUUUCCCGUCUCGGCUGUUUCGCACACAAAUCAAACAUGACGCCUCAUAGCCUCAUCUAGCUCUGCGGGGGAUAAGAGGUGAAGUGUGCACGCUGUUUUCGCGCACCCGCAAUGUUCUUGACCUGCCAGUUAACCUCUACUAGGAAGAUGGGCUUUCUCUUGUCUACUCCUACGGGUAGUUUGCCGUGUAGCAGUUAUACGAGGAAGCAAACUGUAGAAAAUAGGUCGGUGGACAUGAACUUCACCAUUGAGGAGAGGGGCAAACCCAACACGGUGGACUACAGAAUGUUCUUCAAAAAUUCGAAUGGAAAAUACAUCUCUCCUUUCCAUGACAUACCAAUUUAUGCAGAUGAGUCUCAGAAUAUCUUCCAUGCUGUUAUUGAGGUACCAAGGUGGACCAAUGCAAAGAUGGAGAUUGCCACCAAAGACCCUCUAAAUCCACUGAAGCAAGACAUCAAAAAGGGUAACCUUCGUUACGUGGCUAACGUGUUUCCACACAGAGGAUACAUCUGGAACUACGGAGCCAUUCCUCAGACGUGGGAGGACCCAGGUCACAAGGACAAAGAUACCGAAUGCUGUGGUGACAACGACCCCAUCGACAUCUGUGACAUUGGAGACAAGGUUUGCUCGCGUGGAGAGGUAAUCAGAGUGAAGGUGCUGGGGACGCUGGCGUUGAUCGACGAAGGCGAAACUGACUGGAAGGUCAUCGUCAUCAACACGGAGGACCCAGAGGCCAACAGUUUUAACAAUGUCGAAGACGUAAGAAGACUGAAGCCGGGCUACCUGGAAGCUACAUUCGAGUGGUUUAAAAAGUACAAAGUGCCUGAUGGAAAACCCGAGAACCAGUUUGCAUUUAACGGAGAAUUCAAAGACAGAGACUUUGCUCUUAAGACUGUCAAGGAAACCCAUGAGUUUUGGAAGUCGCUGAUCUCCAAACAGACCAAUGCCGGAGAACUGAACUGCAUGAACACCUGUAUUACGGACAGCCCAUUCUGCUGCUCUUCUGCUGAUGCUAAGGCAGUUGUGGAUUCCGCUUGUGCUUUUGGCCCUGAAGACCCUAUUCCAAGUGCAGUUGAUAAAUGGUUCUACGUCUGAAUAAGAUAACAGAUCCAGAAAUGAAGAGCUGAAGAUCGUAACAAAUGCUUUCUGAAACAGUGCUGGGCCUGGAAUAACACUAACAUUGUAAAUAGGGAUAAUAAUGACCUCUUUGUAAAACUGCUGUUUGAAGAAAUGUUUGGAAUAUGUUCAGGUGGGAUGGAACAUUUUGAUUGCCUGAUGACAUCAGCAAGCAGUAAAUUGGUGAAUUGACCGAAAGAGCGCUCCAAACACACUUAGAACACUCCCAGACAGUCCUAGCUAAAUUCUUACUUAAGAAAUUUGCUUUGACCAGUUUAACAUUACAAACGUUCAGGUAACCAAGAUUAUUUUAUGUUUUGUUUCUCGGGUUCAAAUAGGCAUACUGAAUGUAUAUCAGUGAUACCUUCUUAGGAACGUUGUGUUCUUAACUGUAACUUUAAUGUGGUUUGAUACUCAAAAUAAAUUAUCAGUCAUCACCCUC